GGUUCUCCUGUCUCCGGCGCUGACAGAUCAAGGCUACAAACGUCAAUUAGCGGCUGCGAUACCGCUGCUUCCCGGGACGCGGUACCGGACGCGGGGAUCUGGAGGGGAGAGGCUGCCUGGAUUACACUUCUCGCACUGGGGCAUGUCAUAUAUAUGUGCCGUGUAACCGCGCUGUAGAUGAGACAUGGCAGACAAGAGGAGGUCACCCUGCACCAUGAGCCUCAAGGCGCACGCCUUCUCCGUGGAGGCUCUCAUCGGGGCUGAGAAACAGCAGAAGAAGAAGAGGAGGAAGCUGGAGGAUGGAGCCGGGGAGCAGCCGGGGGUCCCUGAGCUCCCUGCCUGCAGCCUGCCCCCCUCUCCCAGCGAAGAUGGCUAUGGUGGAGUGAAGGCUGCAGUUGGAACUUGUAGUUCUCCCCUGUCCUCUCCUGUGGUGGCUGCUCCUGGGGGACCUGCUGCCUCUGUCAUUCGUGUGGAUCUUCAAGGAGCAGAGUUAUGGAAGCGAUUUCAUGAGAUCGGGACGGAGAUGAUCAUCACCAAGGCCGGGAGGCGAAUGUUUCCAGCAAUGAGGGUGAAGAUUUCAGGACUAGACCCUCACCAGCAGUAUUAUAUAGCCAUGGACAUAGUUCCAGUUGAUAACAAAAGAUACCGCUACGUUUACCACAGUUCUAAAUGGAUGGUCGCAGGAAAUGCAGACUCUCCUGUUCCUCCACGUGUUUAUAUCCACCCAGAUUCCCCAGCAUCUGGAGAGACCUGGAUGAGACAAGUCAUUAGUUUUGAUAAAUUAAAACUUACCAAUAAUGAGCUGGAUGACCAAGGCCAUAUUAUUCUUCAUUCCAUGCACAAAUAUCAGCCACGUGUCCAUGUGAUUCGCAAAGAUUGUGGUGAUGAACUGUCUCCAGUAAAACCGAUUCCAGCAGGAGAGGAUGAGAAAGCAUUCACAUUCCCGGAAACAAUAUUUACUACGGUGACAGCAUACCAGAACCAACAGAUAACCCGCUUAAAAAUUGACAGAAAUCCAUUUGCCAAAGGAUUUAGAGAUUCUGGACGAAACAGAAUGGGUUUAGAAGCUCUUGUGGAGUCUUAUGCGUUUUGGAGACCUUCCUUGAGGACCCUUACAUUUGAAGACAUACCUGGUAUUGCUAAACAAGGAAAUGCAGGAGCAUCAUCUUUACUGUCUGGCUCCGGAGCAGCAGCAACUCAUUCUCACUUAUUGCCAGGUUCCCCUUGUUCUUCUCCAGCUUUCCAUCUUGGAGCAAAUCCAGGUCAGCUUUGUAGCCUUUCUCCAGCAGAUUAUUCAGCAUGUGGCAGAUCUGGCCUUGCACUUAACAGAUAUAGCACUUCUCUUGCUGAGACUUACAAUAGACUUGCAAACUCAACCAGCGAAUCCUUUGCAACCCCAAGGACCCCAUCCUAUGUUGGAAUGGGAGGCAGCACUACAGUAAAUAUGUCCAUGGCAGGAACUGACAAUGAGAACUUUGGGUGUCCCCAAACAAGUUUAUCAAUGCAGAUUUCAGGAAUGUCUCCUCAACUGCAGUAUCUCAUGCCUUCACCAUCAAGCAAUGCAUUUGGCAGUGGGCAGCCACAUCAAAGUUCUUACAAUGCAUUUAGACUUCAUAGCCCAUGUGCUUUGUAUGGAUACAAUUUCUCCACUUCCCCUAAACUAGCCUCUAGCCCUGAAAAAAUUGUGUCUUCACAAGGAAGUUUUUUGGGGUCUUCUCCUAGUGGAACCAUGACUGAUCGUCAGAUUCUGUCUCCUGUGGAUGGAGUUCAUCUACUAAGUGGAACAGGACAGCAAAAUUUCUUUGACUCCAGGGGAUUAGGGAGUCUUACACUAUCAACAUCUCAAGUAUCUGCACAUAUGGUUUGAUGGAAAUAUUAUUAAAGCAAUUUUUUUUUCCAGUAAUGAACUUUAAAUUAAUUUGUUUUUCUUUGUACAUAUGUAUAUAUAACACUAAGAUUAAUGCACUAACCUGCAAUUACAUUAUUUUUUAAAUAACUUUUUUGUAUUGUAGUUUGCUUACUCACAGAAUAAAUAUCCAAGACACAACCACUCACUUAGCCAAAGUCGUCCACUAAAUAAAUAUGUUUCUUCAGAUCAUUUGUAAUUCAUGUUUUUAUAUCUAUUCUAAUCUUAAUGAGUGACCAUUAUUAAAAUGGAUGUGAACUAUUUCAUAAUAUCAGUAUUUUAGAAAGUAUUAUUUUAUAUGUGUGCCUAUACAAAAGUCAAUACUUUGAUAUACAUCUGUGAGAUAACCAUUUACAAUUGAAUGCGGUUCAGAAAAAAGAUGGAUUAUUCAUAUGUAAAUUUAGUUUACCCCUGAUUUUGAAUCCCCUGAUACAGUCCCCAUGUAUUUUGGCUCUAUUUGCUCAGAGGACUAUCCUCUUGAAAACCAUUCUUCACUGUAAUUUUAGGUGGUCAUUUUAAAGAGGUUUUAUGGUACUAUAUUUAUAAUUUGAAGAGUAUAGUCCAAGGUAACUGUCACCUAGCAGCUGGGAAGCAGUUGCUGACGGUUAAAAAUUAAGUUUUGAUUGAUUACUGGCAACACGGUUAUCCACAAAACUGGGCUCAAUUAUCAAUCAACAUUCAAUUAUAUGAACAACCUGCAAUGUGGAUCUUUUUAAAUUGUGGAUUUUCCCCCAUUAAAGGUGUUAUCCCAUGACUAAUGUAAAAAAUGAAAAUCAGACAUCAUAUAGUACAUGACAAUGUCUUUCUAACAAAGCUAGAACCUGCCCUGUACCUCAUGGAUCCAGAA